UUUUUACAAACUUGAUUUUAGGGACGAGAUCCGGUUUGAUGAUAGAGCGAGUGGCAAAAUAAGUCAAUUAUUCAAAAAAUGCAUUAAAAUCCAACCACGUCAGGAACCAAUGGAAAUGUUUUGUCCUAAAGCUAACAGCUGCCACUUUUUCGUGACAAAAUGCCAUUUUCGCCCACCUUGUUUCGAAUUUUGUGAAGAAAAACCAACGCAGAGAAUGUAGUUUGGUUGAUGAUGUUAGAGGAUGAAAGCAAACCCAACAUGAUGUCAGACAAUAUAAUAUUCUCUGUUUAAUCACCUUAGCUAUUUGUUUUGACAGGUGUUUAAAGAAGAAAAAUAAAGUUUUUUGUCGUACGCAUAAGUUAAACGUAAAAUAGGCCUCUGGGUUUUUUAUGUGUCUCUCAUGAUCAGUCUAGAGUCAUUACGGCGCCCGGUUUGUUUCGAUUUGUUGAUGAUUUUCCUUGAUUGGAGUAAGCUAUAUCAAAAGGUUUUAAACAAGGAAACUGGGAAUAUUUGAACAGUUUUCAUCUUUAGAGUUACUAUAAACUUAUCCAGGCAAUGUACCAUCGGGCUCUUUAAUAAUUAACGUGAGUUACUUGAUCAGGGAAGCCUUAGGCACGAAAGACGCAACGAAGACCCGGCAUUGUCAGGAGUUAAAUACAGGGCGCUGGAAGAUGUCGUCUUCGCUACACUUGCCAAACCGAAGCGUGGAAGUUGUUAUCAUUGAAACAACUGUGUGUGUUGCGAUGAACAUCAUAAGCAUCAUAGGGAACACUCUAGUUUGCCUAUCAGUCUACAAAAACUCGAAACUGAGGUCAACCACUAAUUUAUAUAUCAUCGCUUUGGCUGCCAGCGAUCUGUUGUGUGCAACAGUGGAAAUGCCGUUAGCUUCAGCCGUGUUAAUCACUGGAAAAUGGGAUUUCAGCGACGCGUUAUGCGAGCUUCAAGGUUUUGUUGACGUUUUUGUUACAAAUGUUAGUCCAGCAAUAAUGGGUUUGACGGCGUUUAACAGAUACAUGAGAAUUGUCAAGACACAUCACUACAACAAGAUUUUUUCACCUCGCAGAUCCAAGAUCUGGUUGAGUAUCGUGUGGAUUUCUCUAGCGUUGUACGUCAUUGUAACUCGAGUUACAAAUUGGAACAAGUUUGAAUUCGACCCUGGUUACGCUGUGUGCAGUGUAGUUUUCACGACGAUGGAAAAACGAAUCGCUCAUUACUGCGUGGUAUGGGCGUUGUUUUUAGUACUGCCGAUUUCCAUCGCUUUUUUCAGCUAUUACCAAAUUACUAAGAAAGUCAACCAGCACAAGGUUGAUGUAGCUCCGUCUUUAGAACUCAACGCGAAUAACCGAGCGGGGAGAGGAGUGUCCGUUCAAGAGAUAAACCUCAGUCGAGUCUUGUCGUACGUUGUGGCUGGAUUGCUGUUCUGUUGGGUUCCAAUGUGGGUGUUCAUCCUCUGGAAGCGCUUCUCUCCAGAUUCAGCUCCCCGAGGAAUACAGUUAUCAGCAAUUUUUCUGUUGUUUCUUAGCAGUACAAUAAACCCUUUUAUCUACGCUGCCACAAAUCGAAAGUUUCGAGAAGAAUUUUACAAACUGAUGUGUUGGUGGAAGGUGAGACGACUUGCACCUGGAGUGGAUCCUGUUGCCGAGAACAGAAAUGUUGACAACGAAGGCGUUGAACAAAGAGACGAAUCCAACGUUUAGGACGUGCUCAGAUUCCAGUUAAGAACUAUCUUUCGAUCGGUCGGUCUGCACGGACUGUUUUGACUACUCAGAUUUUCGCACAGUGUCUUCCUUCGUCAUUUCUGUCUGAAAUAUGUCUGAGGGUUUCCAUCUGUUAGGAAACAUAAGCCGAAUUCUUGCAACAAAAAUUCCAACGGAUGUGCAAACAUGUCAGGGAUAAAUGAAACCGAGGAGGACAACACAUGUAUUUCCAAUUUAUACAAUAGAGGAUGUUACAUGGCGACGGAAAAAUAUCAAUUUUGUUUUUGAGUAGUAAAAACAAUAUUAACGAUGGUAGCGAAUGAGCAAAUUAUUGAUCUUCAAGCCACCGUGUAAUUUUCUUUUUAUUAUAUGGUGCUCAAACAACCAUGAAGAGGAACUAGAAAUAUGGUGUCACCAAUAUCAACAACACACAUCUUUUAUUUUCUUAACACAAGUAUAAAUAUUAUAACAUUUUUAUUUUAUUUGAUGUAUGUAGCAUGAUUUAGAUGAGGUAACUGUUGUAAUCUUGUUUUAAUGAGACUGGAGGCUAAACAUCCUCAACUUACUAGUGAAGAUUUGGAAAUACGUUACUCCGAUCCUAGAUGUAGUUUCGUAUAAAUCUAACAAGUGGUCAGUAUUUUCCAGUAAAACAGUCAUGUAUAUUCUCCAAGUUUCAAACCUGCGCGUGUUGCCAAAAAUACUUGAAGAAUAAUGAAUAGCCUUCAAACUCAUAGUUUUUCCCGAGCUUUGCUCUCGGAAAGCCGUUCGCUUCUUGGAACAGAUCAUAUAUCCGCGGCCAAAUAUCUGAGCAUAGCUUUGCGCCAAAUGGAAGCCACUUGUAUAUAUAUAACUUACUAUACAAACUUAACAGUCAAUACAUAGAGGAUAUUACACGGU